AUGAGCAAGCGAGGUGGCACGUCCAGGCGGUUCGGCCGGUGCAUGAAGGCGCCGGUCCGAGCGCUAUGCCGCGCCCGCGACCUAUACGUACGCAGCAUGAACAGCUGCGCCGGGCGCAUGGAGUACGGGCCGCCGCUCGGGUGCCCGCACUCCGAGGAUCUGCCGAGGAGCUACGGCCUGCAGUCUGCCGGCGAUGAGGAUCUGAGGGAGCUCAUACGCGCGGCGUCGCGGAGCCUCGGGACGCUACCACCGCCGGCAGUGCCACGGAGCCAGAGCGUGGCGGUCGGGAGGAUCGACGAGGACAAGCCCUGCGACUUUGGGGAGGUGGCGGUGGGGGCGGACUUGUUGUUGCCGAGGAGCCGGAGCCACGAUCCCGGUGCCAAGAGGAAGGCAAGGUUGUUCGUUUGA